UGUCAGCAUUGUCGGAUGUUACAGGUGGACGUCACCACGGGCGAAGAAAAUACAUUCGAGCAGCUGCUGGAUAGAACAGUGAGAUGCGCCCUUUGGUUGAGGAAAGAAGGCGUCAAGAAGGGAGACGUCGUCGCGAUUUCCACGCACAACCAUCCCGACUGCUUCGUUCCGUGCAUCGCCGCGCUUUUCAUCGGUGUGAUAUUCAACCCCUGGGAUCCGGGGAUGAAUACCAAUCUGGCGCGCCACUUCAUGAGAUUGACGGAGCCGAGGGUGGUUUUCGCGAACGAAAGAUCGACGGGGGUUGUGCUGGACGCGGCGAAGAUCGAGGGGUUUGAGCCGAAGAUGGUCACGUUCGGCGAUUAUGCCGGCAGCCUGUCUUUUGCGGACAUUCUGGAGGGUCACCCGCGAUCCGCUAUGACGAGUUUCCGUUGCGAGAACGUCGAACUCGGCGAUACGGCGCUGAUACUCUUCUCUUCCGGCACCACCGGUUUGCCGAAGGGCGUCGAGCUGUCCCACAGAAUGAUCCUCUUGAACUUGGUGGACAAUGCAGCGGUGCAUCUGACUGUGAUGGCGACGCCGUUGUGGUUCAGCACCCUGUGCUGGAUCAGCGGCAUUCUGUGCAACCUUAAGAUCUUCUCCACCUCUGCGAGGAAGAUAAUCGGGCCGGAUUUCGAGCCGCAGAAGGUGUGUGAGCUUGUGGAGAAGUAUAAGGUCACGUGGUUAUUUCUGAGCACAAGCAUGGCGAAUCGGUUGGUCAGAUACGAGGACUUACAAAAGUACGACCUCUCCAGCUUGAAAUGUCUGUUCGUGGGUGGUGCCAUCUUGAAGCAGGAAUCUCAGGACAUGUUGCGAGAGUAUCUGCCGCAUGCACUAGUGGCACAAGGUUACGGCAUGACGGAAUUGGGGGGCGCCGUUGCAUCUCAAAAUCCAAAGAGUACCAGCGGUUCCUGCGGAACGGUGUCCAUCAAUUGUGAAAUGAAAAUCGUGGACGUUCAAACGGGGAAAAGUCUGGGCCCGAAUCAGCAGGGUGAACUAUGCGUGAAAUCGUCCACCAUAAUGAACGGAUAUCACAAAAAUUCGACGGCGACGAAGGAGAUCUUGGACAAAGACGGUUGGAUACACACGGGCGAUCUUGCCUAUUAUAACGACCAGGGUGAGAUGUUCAUCGUCGACAGAAUAAAGGAGAUCGUAAAAUACAGAGGAUAUCAAAUAACGCCGAGCGUGAUCGAAGAUCUGUUACAAACGCAUCCGGGCGUCGUCGAAGUUGCAGUUGUCGGCGUUCCCCAUCCUACGGACGACGAACACCUCGUUGCUUUCGUCUGCAAAGCGGCUGAUACGGAAGUGUCCGCUAACGAGUUGAUUGCAAAGGUCGAGAAUAAUUUUGUGGACGCUUAUAGGCUACGCGGGGGCGUGAAAUUUCUGUCAGCACUUCCGUACACCGCCACUGGUAAAAUAGCGAGAGCACAACUCAGAAACAUCGCAAAGUCAUUGGCAGUUCAUUGAAUUGUCGCGCACUGGUUUCCCAGGAUCAGGCUGGCAAUCAAAUGUUAAAGGACCAAAUGAUAACGCGUAUUUGUUAUAGUUCGUAAAAAUUGCGAUAACGAUAGCAAACGCUACGAUAAUGAUAGCAAAUAUUUUUAAUUGUGUACGUAAUGAAGCGAAUGAAAUU